UGUGUUCCCAGUGUACAUAAGGAAGUGAUAAACGAGUCAUUUGGCAGGAGUCAGUGGAAGAGAUCGGUCACAUUAAUAGAGAAGAGAGGAUCACACUAUGAAGUCUUGUACAAUACUACUCCUUUUACCAGCGUUAUGUUUCAUGUCUUUGGAAAUGAAAACUAUAAGCAGUCAGUUUGGUUCAGAUCUUCACUUGCCAGUGCCGGAGUUAUGUCAUUCUAGCCUAGAUUUAUUUUUUGAUGUCUACGCUGAAGGUAAACACAUUGGGUUCCACCAUGGGUUUCUCGAGGGAAUAAAUGGCUACCAUGGUCGUCUUUACCAAGAGAACUGCACCAUUAUUCUGAAGAACCUGUCCGAGACUGAUGGGUUGAGCUAUAAAAUUAGGAUUUUGCGUGUUGAAAAUCAUGUUUCAGUUAUUCAUGACUUGGAUUUCAACAUUAGUAUAAUUGCCCCAGAACAAACUUCUCCAGAAAGCAAAACACAAGACAAUUCUCCAUCCAGGGUUAAGCUCUAUGUCUCUGCUGUCUCAUCUCUGGUUCCCUUUGUCCUUGCCAUCAUAGUUGGGAUUUUCUGUUUUUUGACAAAGUAUGAUCAUGUACGUGACCAACUACAAGCCAUCACCCGCGGGCUUCAGAUCUUCUGGAUUUUUACUAUUCUCUGCCAAGUGGUCAGCCUUUUCUGCUGGAGCUGUCAUGGGUGCCUGGGCCAACUUCUCACCGCCAUUCCAAUCACAAUAAUUCUUACUGGAGAUGUGAUAUUCUGCGUCUGGAGAGCAUGUAAGCACAGAGGAUUGGGCUCCCACAGUGUUGCUAUCAAUGCCCCCGUACCUACUGCUCACCGUGAAGAAGGAAGUUCAGAGGAAUCAGGAGGAAGAGCUCGGGUACCGGUCUGUGAAUGUUGGCCUCGAUGUGGAGAAAGCAGUGCAUUUCACCAAGCAGCUCUGAGCCCAGCAAGGGAUUCGCACACAGAAGCUCCGGAAUUUUGGUCAGAGUGUAAGAAGAACGUUAAAAGGUUUUGGCUCUGGGUAUUGCUGUGCAUGCAGCUGUUAUUCACCCUGCUUGUAUGGAUCUCAUACUCCACUAUGGAUUCCGGCACUUCAGGAGAAAUCUUCCACAGCUUGAAUCUUUUCAUCCUUCCAAUUUUUGCCGGCAGUUUCUUUGUUAUCAUCUGCCUACCGUUACUAUUGUUUUGGUUAUGUUAUAAAAGAAACACCGCUAGAAGAAACAGUGGCUCUCCCACUGAUAGCAGUCUACCUCCAUCGGUUACAAAACCCUUUCUUGACACCAAUGAACUCUGAAGAUUGAAAGACAUUGAUUUGCACUGAGCAGACUUAAAAGGGUGACCAGCACAACUUUAGAAUUGGCUUUUUAGUUAUAAAGAACAUGGAAGACUAGGGAUCAUGUGACCUGCGGCCAAUCGACAUUCAUUUUUACAUGGCGCCUCUGGAAAAAUCCUCCACAAUUACAUAUAGGAGAUGUGUCAUUAUUUGUAAGAUUCAUGUAGAUAAUGGAUACCAGUGCUGUACAGGUUUAUGUGGCUAUAUUUAUUUAUGACCGAGUCACCAAAUUCUUGGGCAAACUAAACUGUACAUAUACUGUAUCAGUUGCGGCUUGUGCUCAAUUUUGGCUGAUCGGUCGAUCGUUCCUGCACUACUUACCCCAUCCAGGUUGCGGGCGGCUUCCCCACUGCUUCUCAUCCUCGGUGGCUUCCCGGGUGGCUUUGGCUGCUUCCCAGCUCCUUCUCCCCCUUAGCACUUCCCAACUCCUUCUGCUCGGCGGCUUCCCGACUCCUCCUCUGUGGCUUCCCAGUUCCUUCUUCUCCUCUGCAACUUUGGCGGCUUCCCGGCUCAUACUCCUUCUCUGCGGCUUCCCAGUUACUUCUUAUCCUCAGCGGCUUCCCAGCUCCUUCUCCUCCUCAUCAGCUUAUCAGCUCCUUCUUACUCCUUGACGGCUUCCCUUCUCCUCCUCAAUGGCUUCAGCGGCUUCCCAGCUCCUUGUCAUCCUUGGCGGCUCCCAGCUCCUUGUCAUCCUUGGCGGCUCCCAGCUCCUUGUCAUCCUCUGCGCCUUCCCAGGUCCUUCUCCUCCUCGGUGGAUUCCCAGCUCCUUCUCCUCAGCAAUAUCCCAGGUCCUUCUCCUCUUUGGCAACUUCCCAGCUCCUUCUCCUCAGCAAUUUCCCAGGUCCUUCUCCUCUUUGGCGACUUCCCAGCUCCUUCUCCUCAGCAAUUUCCCAGGUCCUUCUCUUUGGCGACUUCCCAGCUCCUUCUCCUUGGCGGCUUCCCAGCUCCUUCUCCUUGGUGGCUUCCCAGCUCCUUCUCCUUGGUGGCUUCCCAGCUCCUUCUCUUCCUCGGCAGGUUCCCAGCUCCUUCUGCAGCUUCCCAGUUCCUUCUUAUCCUCGGCGGCUUCCCAGCUCCUUCUCCUCCUCUGCGGCUUCCCAGCUCCUUCUCCUCCUCGACAGCUUACCAGCUCCUUCUCCAUCUCAACAUCUUCCCAGCUCCUUCUACUCCUUGACGGCUUCCCAGAUCAUUCUCCUCCUCAAUGGCUUCAGCGGCUUCCCAGGUCCUUCUCAUCCUUGGCAGCUUCCCAGCUCCUUCUCCUCAUCGGCGGCUUCCCAGCUCCUUCUCCUCAUCAGUGGCUUCCAAGCUCUUUCUCCUCCUCAGCGGCUUCCCAGCUCUUUCUUCUCCUUGGUGGCUUCCCAGAUUCUUCUCCUCGGUGGCUUCCCAGCUUCUUCUCCUCCUCGGUGGCUUCCCAGCUUCUUCUCCUCGGCGGCUUCCCAGCUCCUUCUCGGCGGCUUCCCAGCUCCUUCUCCUCCUCGGCGGCUUCCUAGCUCCUUCUCCUUGGCGGCUUCUCACCUCCUUCUCAUCCUCUUUGGCGGCUUCCCAGCUCCUUCUCUGCGGCUUCCCAGCUCCUUGUCAUCCUCGGCGGCUUCCCAGCUCCUUCUCCUCCUUGUCAGAUUCCCAGCUCCUUCUCAUCCUCGGUGGCUUCCCAGCUCCUUCUCCUCAUUGGCAGCUUCCCAGCUCCUUCUCAUCCUUGGCGGCUUCCCAGCUCCUUCUCCUGCUUGGCGGCUUCCCAGCUCCUUCUUGGUGUCUUCGGCGGCUUCCCCACUGCUUCUCCUACAGGCCAAUCUGAUCGCUUCUCCUGUCGGCCAAUUGGGUCUUAAGACCCACUUCCUGAUUGGCCGGGAGGAGAAGCAGAUUCUUAUCAUGUAUACUAAAUUCAUUUUCACAGGUUAUAAAAGAAACACCGCUAGAAGAAACAGUGGCUCUCCCACUGAUAGCAGUCUACCUCCAUCGGUUACAAAACCCUUUCUUGACACCAAUGAACUCUGAAGAUUGAAAGACAUUGAUUUGCACUGAGCAGACUUAAAAGGGUGACCAGCACAACUUUAGAAUUGGCUUUUUAGUUAUAAAGAACAUGGAAGACUAGGGAUCAUGUGACCUGCGGCCAAUCGACAUUCAUUUUUACAUGGCGCCUCUGGAAAAAUCCUCCACAAUUACAUAUAGGAGAUGUGUCAUUAUUUGUAAGAUUCAUGUAGAUAAUGGAUACCAGUGCUGUACAGGUUUAUGUGGCUAUAUUUAUUUAUGACCGAGUCACCAAAUUCUUGGGCAAACUAAACUGUACAUAUACUGUAUCAGUUGCGGCUUGUGCUCAAUUUUGGCUGAUCGGUCGAUCGUUCCUGCACUACUUACCCCAUCCAGGUUGCGGGCGGCUUCCCCACUGCUUCUCAUCCUCGGUGGCUUCCCGGGUGGCUUUGGCUGCUUCCCAGCUCCUUCUCCCCCUUAGCACUUCCCAACUCCUUCUGCUCGGCGGCUUCCCGACUCCUCCUCUGUGGCUUCCCAGUUCCUUCUUCUCCUCUGCAACUUUGGCGGCUUCCCGGCUCAUACUCCUUCUCUGCGGCUUCCCAGUUACUUCUUAUCCUCAGCGGCUUCCCAGCUCCUUCUCCUCCUCAUCAGCUUAUCAGCUCCUUCUUACUCCUUGACGGCUUCCCUUCUCCUCCUCAAUGGCUUCAGCGGCUUCCCAGCUCCUUGUCAUCCUUGGCGGCUCCCAGCUCCUUGUCAUCCUUGGCGGCUCCCAGCUCCUUGUCAUCCUCUGCGCCUUCCCAGGUCCUUCUCCUCCUCGGUGGAUUCCCAGCUCCUUCUCCUCAGCAAUAUCCCAGGUCCUUCUCCUCUUUGGCAACUUCCCAGCUCCUUCUCCUCAGCAAUUUCCCAGGUCCUUCUCCUCUUUGGCGACUUCCCAGCUCCUUCUCCUCAGCAAUUUCCCAGGUCCUUCUCUUUGGCGACUUCCCAGCUCCUUCUCCUUGGCGGCUUCCCAGCUCCUUCUCCUUGGUGGCUUCCCAGCUCCUUCUCCUUGGUGGCUUCCCAGCUCCUUCUCUUCCUCGGCAGGUUCCCAGCUCCUUCUGCAGCUUCCCAGUUCCUUCUUAUCCUCGGCGGCUUCCCAGCUCCUUCUCCUCCUCUGCGGCUUCCCAGCUCCUUCUCCUCCUCGACAGCUUACCAGCUCCUUCUCCAUCUCAACAUCUUCCCAGCUCCUUCUACUCCUUGACGGCUUCCCAGAUCAUUCUCCUCCUCAAUGGCUUCAGCGGCUUCCCAGGUCCUUCUCAUCCUUGGCAGCUUCCCAGCUCCUUCUCCUCAUCGGCGGCUUCCCAGCUCCUUCUCCUCAUCAGUGGCUUCCAAGCUCUUUCUCCUCCUCAGCGGCUUCCCAGCUCUUUCUUCUCCUUGGUGGCUUCCCAGAUUCUUCUCCUCGGUGGCUUCCCAGCUUCUUCUCCUCCUCGGUGGCUUCCCAGCUUCUUCUCCUCGGCGGCUUCCCAGCUCCUUCUCGGCGGCUUCCCAGCUCCUUCUCCUCCUCGGCGGCUUCCUAGCUCCUUCUCCUUGGCGGCUUCUCACCUCCUUCUCAUCCUCUUUGGCGGCUUCCCAGCUCCUUCUCUGCGGCUUCCCAGCUCCUUGUCAUCCUCGGCGGCUUCCCAGCUCCUUCUCCUCCUUGUCAGAUUCCCAGCUCCUUCUCAUCCUCGGUGGCUUCCCAGCUCCUUCUCCUCAUUGGCAGCUUCCCAGCUCCUUCUCAUCCUUGGCGGCUUCCCAGCUCCUUCUCCUGCUUGGCGGCUUCCCAGCUCCUUCUUGGUGUCUUCGGCGGCUUCCCCACUGCUUCUCCUACAGGCCAAUCUGAUCGCUUCUCCUGUCGGCCAAUUGGGUCUUAAGACCCACUUCCUGAUUGGCCGGGAGGAGAAGCAGGAAGACAAAAGCGAAUAUUAAUUCGUUAUUGCCAAACAAGUGGGUGGUCUCGGGGGCAGAGCACUACGCCUUGAGACCACCAACUUGUUUGACAAUUGGCUUCAAACCCAUUUUGAAGUCAAUUAGAGCCUCAGGUUCUAAUCAUGUGCUUCUAAAAAAAAACAAAAAACAUAGAAAUCCAUGCGUCUGGCACCCUGCAUGGAGAUUAGGGGCCAGGCGCGUGGAGAUUAGGGGGGCAGCGCCCCGUCUGAGCUGCCACCACUGCUGUAUAUGUUUUGGUUUAGGUCAGUCAGUCAACCAUGUCACUUUACUCCAAAUGAAUUGGCUGGAGCCACAAUGGAUGUAGAGCCCUGUGCCAUUAGACUCCAUAGUGUACUUCAGGGUUCAGCAAUGGUCAGGGAUACUCCAUCUUUUUUCUUUAUUGCAGGAUCAAUAUUUUUUUUCUUAUUUGGAUUGUUUUUCUAAUUUAUUUUUUUCUUUCACAUUUUUACACUGUUGUUCUUUGCAUUCAGUUUAUCGGGUGGGUGGUGUACAAAGUAUACACAUUCACUAUAUUACCAAAAGUAUUGGGACGCCUGCCUUUACACACACAUGAACUUUAAUGGCAUCCCAGUCUUAGU